GCGCCCCAGACAUCCGCUCUCCCAUUUCUCCCCCAAAUUCGCAAACCCUAAACUCUCUCCCAUCCUUUUCCCAUGGCCAACAUGAUCCAGCUCCCUUGCGAUGGCAACGGCCAUUGCAUGGUCUGCAAUGCCAAGCCACCAGCCGAAGAGACCCUGAGUUGUUCCACCUGUGCUGCACCAUGGCACGUCCCUUGCCUGUCUUCCAAGCCAGAAUCCAUGGCUUCCGUCCUCCAGUGGCAGUGUCCCGACUGCAACCUCGAUGCUCCUGUUGCUGCUCCGGUAUCCUCCGGCAACGAGCUGGUGGCUGCGAUCAGAGCGAUUGAGGCUGAUUCGACGCUGACGGAGCAGGAAAAGGCUUGGAAGAGACAGGAACUGUUGGGUGGAAAGAAGGUUGACCAGGAGGGCGAUGACGAUGAUGAUGAAGAGAAAGAAGGCGGAGAUGCUGACAAGAAAGGGAAGAAGAGUGCUGAGAUGGAUGCGCUGAAACUCCUCGGCGAGAGCUUUAAUUGCUCCUUUUGCAUGCAGCUGCCUGAGAGGCCUGUCACUACACCUUGCGGCCACAACUUCUGCUUGAAAUGCUUCCAGAAAUGGACAGGGCAGCAAAGAAAAACCACCUGUGCAAAGUGCCGCGCCAACAUUCCCCGGAAGAUGGCAGCUCAGCCCCGCAUCAACUCUGCCCUCGUCGCGGCUAUCCGUAUGGCUAGGGUCUCUAAGUUCAUCUCGGAUGGAGCGCCAGCUAGGGUGUAUCAUUUUGUGCACAACCAGAACAGACCUGACAAAGCUUACAGGACUGAGCGGGCUAAGAAGACUGGCAAGGCCAAUGCUGCAAGUGGCAAGAUAUUUGUGACUGUGCCUCCGGAUCAUUUGGGACCUAUCCCUGCUGAGAAUGAUCCAGAGAGAAAUCAGGGUGUUCUUGUAGGUGAGUGCUGGGAGGAUAGAAUGGAAUGCAGGCAAUGGGGGGCCCAUCGUCCUCAUGUUUCGGGUAUCCAUGGGCAAGCUGAGUUCGGGGCACAAUCCGUUGCACUCUCUGGAGGGUAUCAAGACGAUGAAGAUCAUGGUGAAUGGUUUCUGUACACUGGAAGCGGAGGGAGGGAUCUUAGCGGAAACAAGAGGACCAACAAAGACCAGUCGUCUGAUCAGAAGUUUGAAGCAGCAAAUCAGUCUCUUAGACUUAGCUGCAUAAAAGGAUAUCCUGUUCGAGUUGUGAGGUCGCACAAGGAAAAACGCUCAAAUUACGCGCCAGAGGCUGGAGUACGCUAUGAUGGCGUCUAUAGGGUUGAGAAAUGCUGGAGGAAAGUUGGAAUCCAGGGUUUUCAAGUAUGUAGGUAUCUGUUCAUUAGAUGUGACAACGAGCCUGCACCAUGGACAAGUGAUGAGCAUGGUGACAGGCCUAGACCAUUGCCUAACAUCCCAGAGUUGAAGAAGGCCAAAGAUUUAACAGAGAGGAAAGAUGACCCAGCAUGGGACUUUGACGAAAAGAGUAGCCGUUGGACAUGGAAGACACCUCCACCGCUGAGCAGAUUGAAAGUGGACCCUGCGGAUCCUACCCAGAUCAGGAGGGCAAGGAAAGCUAUUAAGGAGGCACAGACUCAGAGUGUUACAGAAAGGCUUCUGAAAGAGUUCAACUGCCUCAUCUGUAAGCAAGUGAUGAAGGAGCCAGUCACGACACCGUGCACCCACAACUUCUGUAAGGACUGCCUGGAGAAGAAAUUCCCGAACAAGCAGUUCACUGUGGAGAGAAGCAGAGCUGGCCGUGCUCUGCGUGCUAAGAAGAAUGUGCUGAAUUGCCCUUGUUGUCCAACUGACAUUUCUGACUUCCUCCAGGACAUAAAGAUUAACAGCGAAGUGAUGGCAGUGAUCGAGAGGCUUCAAGCUCAGUUUGAAGAAGCAAAAGCUGCAUCAGCUGCUGCUAGUGCUGGUGAAUCUGGGGAGGAGAAUCCUGAACCUGAAUCAAAAGCAAAAGAUUCAGAAGGGGAGGGACCCAAAAAGAGGCAGAAGAUUGAUGGGAGUGAUUCACCCUCCAGCCCUCUUCAUAUUCAAUCGCCUCCAAUUGUGGCCCUUUGACUGCUUCACUGUACCGGUGGAUUAGUCUACUCCCCGUGGCUAGCAAGUAGUAAUCAGUAAGGAAGAGAAGCGCGCAGUAGACUCCCAGGAGCUAAAACAGCCUGACAGUUUCAAAUGGAACUGUAAUUUUGCCCCUCGUCGCUUCAUUAUGUUGGGUAGUUCUGCGGAUACUCCUUUUUUAAGGCAUCUUAAUUUGUAAUUCAGCACAGUAAUCUUACUUUCAAACACAGACUAAACUGGGAGCCGGAAAUAUCUAUUCUUACCUUUUCAUCCCACGUUAUAAUGGGUCGGCACACAGUAAAUCUCUUUGCCCAACUUCUUGUCCUCUAACUGCCAUAAGUGAAUUCAUCUGAAGUAGGCUCCAACCAGGUAUACUCCCCAUAUUAUGACAAACUAUUACCAUAACGAAAAUCAAUUUAGGUAACGUUG